AUGACGAGAAAAGUUCCACAUGGAUUAAAGAUACAUCCCGAUCGUGUUCAUAUGAUCUAUCCGCUUGGAUGUAAUUUAGUCAUUGAAAAUCUUCAAACUCGACAACAAGAAUUUUUACUCGGUCAUAAUAAUAACAUAUCGUGUGUAACAAUAUCAAACAAUGGAAAAUAUAUUGCAUCGGGACAACUUACAUUCAUGGGAUUCAAAGCUGAUAUUAUCAUAUGGGAUUAUGAAUCUCGCGAUCCUUAUGCUCGCCUUGUGUUACAUAAAGUGAAAAUUGAGGAUUUAGUAUUUUCGUCAUCAGAUAAAUUUUUAUUCUCACUGGGAGGACAAGAUGAUGGAAGCAUUGUUGUUUGGAAUAUCGAAACGAAAGAGCCCGUGUGCGGUAGUCCCGCUCAGCAUAAGAGUGCCGGAAUCACCUAUUGUCUGGCAGCAGCCAAAGACAAUGAUUAUCUGUUCUACAGUGCUGGAAAUGGUACAUUACGAUUUUGGCAAUUAGAUGUGGCUAAUCGAAAAAUUCGUCCAACUGAUAUUAAUACAGGAACUGUUAAACGGAUUGCUUCACUUGAUGGAACUCAUUUAUAUUGUGGUACAACCACGGGUGAUGUAUUGAUGAUUUAUAUUCCAGCUGCACAAUUCAAAGCAAUCGGUCCAGAAAAGAAAAAAUAUUCAAUGGGUAUCACAGCAAUGCAAGCAUUGGUAAAUGGCGAUGUUUUAUUGGGAACAGGUGAAGGAAAAAUACAUAUUGCUGAACAAGGAACAUUUAAAUCGACUAAAUGUUUACAAGCCAUGGGAGAGAUAACAUCAUUGGCUCUACGUGGAGAAGGACACAUGAUAUUUAUUGGUACAGAUCGCGCUCAUAUCUACAAGGUGAAUUAUGCCGAUUGGAAAAUGGAAUUAAUUAAUACUUGUCAUAAUUCCCCAAUAAAUGAUAUUGCUUUUCCGUUUGGAAGUUCAGAAUUAUUUGGCACAUGUAGUUUUCAAGAUAUUCGUAUUUGGCAUGCACCAACAGGCAAUGAAUUACUGAGAAUUACACAAGCAAAUAAAACAUGUAAUUCAAUAUGUUUUACAAGAGAUGGAAAGAUAAUUGUUAGUGGAUGGGAUGAUGGACGUAUUCGCUGUUUUUAUCCUGAAACUGGAAGAGAAAUGUUUACUGUGAAUGAUGCGCAUCAUCGAGGGGUCACGGCUGUAGCUGUUACAAAUGAUUGUAGACGAAUUGUGUCAGGUGGUGGUGAGGGAAUGGUUCGUGUAUGGCAAUUGAAUCAAAAUUCACGUGAUCUAAUAGCAACAAUGAAAGAACAUAAAAAUGCUAUUGUUUCAAUAAGAAUAAAUAAAUCUGACACAGAAUGUGUUACAGCUAGUUUGGAUGGUACAUGCAUCAUCUGGAAUUUAAAACGUUUUGCUCGAAAUCAAGUAUUAUUUGAAAAUACUUUAUUUCAAUGUGUUACGUAUCAUCCAGAAGAGUAUCAUAUUAUCACAGGAGGUACAGAUCGUAAAAUUGCGUAUUGGGAAGCGGUCAAUGGUGCACAAAUACGAGAAUUAGAAGCAUCAAAAUCCGGAACAAUAAAUGGUUUAGACAUUGAUUGUAUGGGACAUUAUUUCGUUACUGUUAGUGCGGAUAAACUGGUUAAAUUAUGGCGAUAUAAUGAAGGUGAAGUAUUUUCGGUUGGUAUUGGUCAUGGAAGUGAAAUAAAAAAAGUAAAAAUAUGUCCAAAUACUGAACACAUUGUAUCAGUGAGUGCAGAUGGUGCCAUAUUUCGAUGGAAAUUUCCUAAGAAUGCUGGUUAA